GCUGCUGUGAAGGACUACAGAGCUCCGGGUCCUGGGCAGAGGCGGCUUGCGUUGACGGUUGGUACUCUGCGGAGUACCGGGGCACAAAUAUCGCCCGUCUGUUUUUUUAAAAAAAGGGUUUAACGUUUCCAAAAGUUGACAUCUGCAAGUAUGCAGUCGGAAUCAGGAAUAGUACCCGACUUCGAGGUUGGCGAGGAUUUUCAAGAGGAGCCUAAAACGUAUUACGAAUUGAAGAGUCAGCCCUUGAAAAACAGCAGCCCGUCAGACCAGCACAGUUCAUCCAAGCCCCCGCUGAGCUCCUCGGCCAUGACAUCGCGCAUCCUGCUGCGGCAACAGCUGAUGCGGGAGCAGCUUCAGGAGCAGGAGCGGCGGGAGCAGCAGAGACAACAGGCCUCCCAGUACACACAAACUACAGCAGCCCAAACCCCUGCCAUCAAUGUCAGUGUCCCAGCCAGUUUACCACCCGCUGCACAGGUCCCCAUGGAGGUGCUAAAGGUGCAGACUCACUUGGAGAACCCAACCAAGUACCACAUCCAGCGCUCCCAGCAGCAGCAGGUGAAGCGGUACCUGGGAAAGCUUGGUUCUCAGGCGUUGAGCUUGCCCUGCCCCAACCAGUCCUCUGACCACGGGGGCAUGCCGCCAGGGCCAGGCAACAGUGCCCCCAACAGCCCUAUGGCCUUAUUGACCCUCAACUCUAACUGCGAGAAAGAGAUGGAUGAUGUCAUUGAUGACAUUAUUAGUCUGGAGUCCAGUUACACUGAUGAUAUCCUUGGCCUGAUGGACCCAGGACUUCAGAUGCCAAACACGAUCCCUGUGCCUGCUAACCUCAUGGACAUGUAUGGCAAUCAGGGUAUGCCCCAGCAAGGUCUGCCCAUCAGCAACUCCUGCCCUGCCAACCUGCCCAACAUCAAAAGGGAAUACUCUGUUUCACAAUCCCCGGCCAUCAUGCAUAUGCUGGACAAGUCAGGAUCCUGUGGCAAAUUUGACACCUAUCAAAGGCCUGAAGGGUUCCCUGUGGAAGCUGAGGUAAGAGCCAUGGCAAAGGAAAGGCAGAAGAAGGACAACCAUAAUUUGAUUGAGAGACGACGACGGUUUAAUAUCAAUGAUCGAAUUAAGGAGUUGGGCACUUUAAUUCCAAAAUCAAACGACCCAGACAUGCGCUGGAACAAAGGCACCAUCCUAAAGGCAUCAGUGGACUACAUCAGGAAGCUGCAGCGGGAACAACAGAGGGCCAAGGAACUGGAGAAUCGUCAGAAGAAGCUUGAGCAUGCCAACCGGCAUCUGAUGUUGAGAAUACAGGAAUUAGAGAUGCAGGCGCGGGCUCACGGGCUGGCCAUUGCAUCUUCAGCACUCUGCUCGGCUGAAAUUGGAGCACGGACCAUCAAGCAAGAGCCUGCUCUGGACGACUGUCACCAGGACCUGUACACACUCCACCCCCAUCACCAACACCACCCGGCCUGCACUCCUGAAACACCCAGCAACCUCGAGCUAAAUGAAGGCCACUCUAACUUCUCCGAGGCUCACUACGGCGUUCACAGCAAGUCGGGCUCCAAACUCAACGACAUCCUCAUGGAAGACACCUUAUCACCGGUGAGAGGGGGGGACCCUUUGCUCUCAUCCGUCUCCCCAGACACCUCAAAGGACAGCAGCCGCAAGAGCAGUGUAAGCAUGGAUGAGAAUGAGCAGGGUUGUUAGCACCCCCUACUGGAACACUCCUCACCUGCAUCUUCAGCCUCUCCAUCUACUGCUCCAAGUCAGUAGCUAACACACUUUCAGCUGCUGGAAAGGCUUUCUUCUGUUUGUUGUCAUUUGUUUGUUUGUUUGGUUGGUUUAUUUUCCUUCUUCCCUACCUGUGUUUACAUAUAUUGAAUCUUUUUCCAUUUGUGUUUGUGCAUUUGUUGUUUUUUGUUUUUGUUUUUUUUUGUUUCUUGUGCUAUGUCUUUUCAAGCCCUUGACCCUGAUUUCAAGGACUGGUUUUUAAGUGUUUGCUUUAAUCAAUACUUUGAUGACAAUGAGUUACAAAAAUAGAAGUUUUUUAUAUUUUAAAAAAUAUGCAUUUAUCUUUGGAUAGAGGCUAGAUUAUCCUUUUUUUCUAUUGAUUCCAAAGAAUCUAGGGAAAUUAUAAAUCAUGGUCAGACUUGUAGAUAUUUUGUGGUGAGAUGAGCACUGCUUUUUAAAUCAAUAGCAAUAAUAAAAGACAAAAAAUCUAUUUAUUACUAUAGUGCUUUACACUCUUUGUGUCUUAGAUUGAACUUGAAUGUGCCAAUGCCUUAUUAAGAUGUGUAUACAUCGUCGUUGUAUUGCUAUGCACACGUGUUGGCUGUUAGAGUCUGUCAGUCUUCCAGUUGAAAUUUCUUGCUUGACAAAUAUUAAAUCAUUUGUAGAUUUGAACUUAUUUAUAUAUAUAUCUAUGUAAACAAGAUGUUAUGUACACAUUCCCCUUAAAGAUAAUUUAUAACAAAGAACUUUAAAGAGACAUUAUUAAUAAAUUAAAGUACAUUUCAAAAGAAACUAAAAGCUAGAAUGUCUCCUCUAAGAUACAAUGACCUCAUCACUGAUGAGGAUAAAGUUUAGUAUUUAUUCAGUGUCAUAAUGAGAAACAAUCCUAUAACAAAAAGCACAACUUUCACCACAUGUCCUUUAACUACCUGGUGCCAAAUGAUUCAGUGUAUAACAGACACAGUGUAUUACCAGUACAUUCCUCACUGCCAAAACCACUAAAAUACCCAAUUUGUCUCAAAACUAGUAGAAUAAAAAUAGGCCAUAGAAGGUCUGACAGGAAGCUGCUGUCAGAUCUGAUUAUUGUUACGUAAUUAUAGAAAUCUUUAUUUUGUGAUCUAAGAGACAUUAAUCAAUUAUUGUUAUGGGGCUUUUGUUAUCUUUAGUGAUCAGACAUAACUGGUUAAACUGUGCUGAGUAUUUCAGCACAGAUGUGUACUGUAAUACUACAGACCUGUUGAUCUCAGAUUUUAUAAUUGUCCAUUGAUUUCCUAAAUUAUUGUUUUGUUUUUUUUUAUAUACCACUUCAGUGACAUUUCACAUUCAGGACUUUUUUUUCCAUGAUGUGAACAUUUAUAUUGCCAAGGAGUAUAAGGAGACUGCUUUGGGAUUUUGUAUGAAAUGCAUGACAUUGUCAAAACACUGGAAUGACUUCUGAUAAUUGAAAACUAGUUUGUUUGCCUUUUUUUUUUUUUUAAUCCAAGCAUAAACUAACUAAAUAUUGUAUUUGGCUUUUCAAAUUCAUACAGAAUAUUGUAUAAACCUGUGGAUUCUUUAUGGUGUAUGGUUGUUGUAUAUUUCCACAGUUUGUUUUCAACAGUUGUAGCAUGUUGCAUUUGUAAUAACUACCUGCCAUACACUAAGAGCCCUGUUACAGCACAGCCUCCAUUUUGUCAAACUAUGCAAUGGUUAAAGUUGUGCCUGUAAAGCAGCAUCAUGUCUUCGAAAUGUUUUAUCUAUCUGAAUUAGUCUGAAACGGUGUCGAGGCAGUUUUCUUUUCAUUUAAGUGCCUUAAACUUGUUUUUGUUACCCUGAUGAUGUAAGAGGACGAAAACAAUGGUUUGCUGAUGUUUAUACUGGUGUGUGGCACUUCAUAGAGUGCCAAGGUCUGUUAGAGAGCUGCAAGAAAGGACCUUUUGUUAGAUAACACUACAAGUCCCUCAAAAAAACACAAAAAAUCAAAAGAAAGUAUUGUUAUUAUGGAACCCCAACGUGUUCAUCCUUAAAUAAGGCAUUAGAAAAUAAAUAAUCAUAAAUCCAAAGCAGUAAAAUAUACAAAUAAUUAAUAAUUAUACCCUGAGAUAAUUUAAUAAAUUAUUGUGCCAUAUCAUUACUAUUAAAUAUUACGACAUUACUUAGUAUUUUGACUGGCUUAAACGGCUUUAUUUUAUCCAUCCACUGAUUCCACUAAUCUGAAGCUGGGUCAUGGUGGCAGCAGGCUGAGCAGGCUAUACCUGAUGUCUUUUUUCCCUAACAAUGCUUUCCAUGACACAAAGGUGUUUCCAGGCCUGAUAAGGUAAAUCACUUGUCCUGGAUUUGCCCAGGAGUCUCUUCCCAAAUUGGUUUGCCCAAAAAACCUCCAAAGGGAAGCAACCAGGAAGCAUCCUGGGUAGAUGCCCAAACCAUCUUAACUGGUUUCUUUCAACACAGAGGAGCUCCAAGCUCCCUCCAGAUGUCCUGGUCCUCAUCUUUUUGCUAAGGCUGAGCCUGGCCCCACCCUGAUUUUGCUUGCAAAAAAAAGGAUAUCCACUCGGUCAUAAAUUUUCUCAAGGUUGACAGAACAUGUAGCCUAGAUGGGCAAACUCCCAAUUCCCUUUGGAAAUCCCACAAGUGUAAAGAUCUGGUCCACUGUUCCAUGGCCAGGAUGGAAUCUGCAUUGCUCCUCCUGAAUCUAUGGUGCAACAAGGCUAGAGCCACUUUUCCAACAUCCUGGAAUAUACAUUUCUGGGGACCCUAAGUAAUGUCAUCCCUGGAUAAUUGGAGCACACUGUUGAGGUUCUUAACUACCCCAACAACCUCUUCCAGUGUAAAUGGUGAGGUUUCCCGAGUCUUGAGGUUGUGCCUCUUUCACUGAGGAUGUGUUGACUGGGUUCAGAAGUUCCUCAAAGUUUUAUUUCCACCAUCCAUCAAUAUCCCCAGUAAACUGCUGAAGGUACAGCCCCCCCCUGCUGCUUUGGGAGGCUCCUGGGUCAACCAAGCUCAGAAAGCCUCCUUCUUCAGCCUGUUUGUUGCCUUCAGUAGAACCAUGAGGUCCCUAGGUUGCCAUCACUACAGGCACCGAUGACCUUUUUGACCAGGGCUCCUGCCAGCCACCUUUGCAAUGGAGCCUUUGAACAUGAACACAAAUGAGCUACUGGGGUCCCAUUAUCUGGGCCAGUGAUUCUCAAACUGGGAAACAUGGAUGACCAGGGUAAUAUAUACAGUAAAUCUAAUUUAAAUUAAUAUUAUUUUUACAGGGAAAAUAAGCAAGCGUUUCCUGAUGCUUAUCAUGCUAAAACCUUUUGGAGCCUUUUCUAUUAACAGUUUCCCCUGUCAUUUAAUAAUACAUACAAAACAUUGGCACUAAUCUCAGUCCUGCAGCCUAAUAGUGUUACUAUAUUUGAUUUAUUUAUUUAUAUGAUUAUUACUUAAAAACUUGAUGUAUUUAUUUAGUAUUGAACACUCUGGAAUGCCAUAUUUUGUAGUUCUGCAUUUAUUUUAUCUUUUUUUUUUUUUUUUUUUAAUUAAAUUGUACACUGAGGGCAGUGUUUCUGAAGUUGCUAGGUGACUAAUAUGAAUGUAGUUCUCAGUAAUAACUGCCAAAUUGUGUGCCAAAAAUGAAGGCAAUACAUUUCUAUGAAGACAUAACCUGUAGUGGUUUUUCUCCUCUUUUGUUAUAAGAAGUAUGUGGAUCAUGACCCAAAGGCUAUAUGUAAAAUUCAAAUAAGUACACGGUGAGAGUUCAUUCUUGUAUGUGGAAAGAACAGUAUAGAGAAAAUAACUCAAGAUUUAUUUAUUAGUAGCUUGACUUCAGUAAUAUCAUAUAAUGCUCCUAUCCAAUGAGCACACUUACCAUGAGAUGCAGUUGAAAGUGCUUGAAAAAGCUGAUAAGUGAACUUUAAGUUAAUAUGUUUGUU